AUGUUUAGAAAAUUCACAAGAGAAGACGUCCAUUCACGUUCGAAGGUCAAAUCUUCCAUUCAAAGAACGUUGAAAGCCAAGCUAGUCAAGCAAUAUCCUAAACUAGAAGAUGUAAUCAACGAGUUAAUUCCCAAGAAGGGCCAAAUUGAGCUAAUUAAAUGUGAAGAUAAGAUUCAAUUGUACACCGUUGAUGGCGAAGUUCUUUUUUUCCAAAAAUUCGAUGAAUUGAUCCCAAGUUUAAAGUUAGUACAUAAAUUCCCAGGAGCCUAUCCAACUGUUCAAGUUGAUAGAGGCGCCAUCAAGUUUGUUUUAUCAGGUGCUAAUAUUAUGUGCCCUGGUUUAACUUCUGCAGGUGCUGACUUACCACCUGCUCCUGGCUACGAGAAAGGCACAAUUGUCGUCAUCAAUGCUGAGAAUAAAGAAAACGCGUUGGCUAUUGGCGAAUUAAUGAUGAGUACCGAAGAAAUCAAAUCUAUAAACAAGGGCCAUUCCAUAGAACUGAUUCACCAUUUGGGCGAUCCUUUGUGGAAUUUCAGCAUUGAGUAA